AUGGGAAGUGUUGCAGAAAAGCAGCUUGAUAUAACGAUCCAAGAAGAAGCAGAAGAAACGAAAAACAUGGAGACACCAAUUGUUAAAGCUCAAUCAUUGAAUCCAAAGGCAGACAAAUACAAGAAAUGGCUCGAGAUAGGCAUCCAUACCUUCAUUGUCCUGGCUAGCCAAUCAGUAGCUACAAUACUUGGAAAGUUGUAUUACAACAAAGGCGGAAACAGUACGUGGUUGUCUUCACUUACUCAAACUGUAGGUUUUCCCAUUCUUCUAAUUCCCAUGAUAUUUUGGACAAAAAGAACCCCUAAAGAAGAAGAAGGACCAACGUUAAGACACAUUAACGAUGACACAAAAUCUCCUUCUAUAAUGGUCUUGUUAUCAGUCUAUGUUUUUCUUGGUUUUCUGCUUGGAGGAGGCUGUGUUUUGUAUUCAAUUGGUCUUUUAUACCUCCCAGCCUCUACUUAUUCUCUAAUUUCCUCAAGUCAAUUAGGUUUCAAUGUCUUGUUCUCACUUUCCAUGAGACUAGAAAAACUUACACCUUUUGUGUCCAAUUCUAUUUUUCUCCUAACCAUUUCCUCUAUUCUCUUGGCAUUACAACCUGAUGACUCUUCAAACAAAACGGAAUCAUCUUCUCAAGGGAAGCGAAAUUACGUGAUAGGGUUUGUAUGCACAUUAAUUGCAUCAGCUGGUUUUGGUUUCCUAUUAGCCACAACAGAGCUAAUUUUCAGAAAGAUCCUAAAAAAGAAUACAUUGAGAGAUAUCAUGGACGUCAUCAUUUGUCAAUCAUUUUUCGCGACGUGUCUCAUUCUCAUUGGCCUAUUGGCAAGUGGAGAGUAUAGGAACUUGAAAGUAGAGAUGCAAGAUUUCGAGCUUGGAAAAUUGACCUAUAUCAUGAUAUUAUUGUGGAUAAGUUUAUGUUGGCAACUUUACACCUAUAGUCUUCUUGGGUUGAUUAUGAAGGUAUCUGCUGUAUUUGCCAAUGUGAUUUCCACUUUGGGUACGCCUCUAGAUCCAAUCCUAGCUGUUAUUAUUUUUCAUGACAAGAUGAAUGGGGUGAAAGCAAUUUCUAUUGUUUUGGCUAUUUCGGGAUUUUCUUCUUAUGCUUAUCAGCAGUAUCUUGAUGAGCAAAAACACAAAGCUGAACUUUUAAACUGCAAUGGAACAUCUGAAGAAUCUCUACAUGAAAGUGGUGUGAUGUGCAAAGAUAAUUCUACAGAGAUUAACUAG